AAUUACAGGGUACUAGAGUUGGAAAUAGUAUUAAAGUGUGGGCCAGAAUAAACACCAUAAAAAACGCCCUCACUGUAAACUCACAGCUUCCAAAACACAGAGGGUACGGCCCACGUGCUAUAUGAGAUUUGUUCCGAGACUGCAGGCCCCACGAAUAACGAUUAUAUUUACGCGUUUACGUCAUUACUUUCGAAACAUGAACUGUUCCGAGCUGCUGCCGCCCGCCUCGGUGAGGGGGAUGCGAGAGCUCCAGCGCUCCGAGUUUCAAAAGCGUGUGCAAGUUCCCAGGCUGCGAGUGCCCGAAUCGCAGGUGCAACUUGUAAUCCCGCUGGUUAAGAAAUUCCUGCUCAAAAUGGAGCACCUGCACCCUGUGCGGGCCGUGGAUAAGUCACGCGAGAUCCUGUUGCACCCAAUGCCCAUACAAGGCUGGGAAUCCCUGCCCACAGAAGAUUUGCAGAAGCAGCAAGUCACGCAGGAGCACUUCUGCUUUGCCGAACUUGAGUUGAACUACGAGAACUGGAGCGUCAACGAAAUUCUAAAGAGUGUGCUCCCAGAGGAGGAGGAGGGAAUGACAUCCUACUCGCGCAUCGGCCACAUCGUGCACCUGAACCUGCGUGACCACCUGCUGCCGUUCAAGCAGAUCAUUGGGGAGGUGCUGCGCGACAAGUUGCCGAACUGCCGCACGGUGGUCAAUAAAGCGUCAACCAUAGACAAUACAUACCGCAACUUCCAGUUGGAGCUGAUAUGCGGGGAGCCCGAUUAUCAAGUGGAGACCAAGGAGAAUGGCAUUCCCUUCGAGUUUGACUUCUCAAAGGUGUACUGGAACCCGCGCCUCUCUACCGAGCACGAGCGCAUCGUGAAACUGCUUCAGCCCGGAGAUGUUCUCUACGAUGUGUUCGCCGGCGUGGGUCCGUUCAGCGUGCCGGCGGCAAAGAAACGGUGCCAUGUCCUGGCCAACGAUCUAAACCCCGUCAGCUUCCACUGGCUGCAGCACAACGCGAAACGGAACAAGUGCCUGUCCAACAUCAAAAUGUUCAACAAAGAUGGGAGACAGUUUAUUUUGGAAGAGCUGCGGGACGAUCUGCUGCAACGGCUGCUAUCUACGGACACAUCGAAGUAUGCCAUUCACAUAUCAAUGAAUCUUCCAGCCAUGGCUGUGGAAUUCCUGGAUGCGUAUCGCGGCCUCUACACUGACAAAGAGUUGGCUGAUCUCAAUAAUGCUGCGGUUUUUCCCACUGUGCACGUCUAUUCGUUUGCCAAGGGCGAGAAUACGAGAGCAUUAGUGAGAGAGCUGGUGGAACAGAACCUGGCCUCCACACUGGACGAGAAGCUGUUGCAGGGCAUAAGCUUUGUACGGAAUGUAGCGCCAAAUAAGGACAUGUACAGAGUAUCCUUUAAACUUACGCGAAAUUUGCUAACCACGCCGAAGGAAGCCGAAGCAAGUAACACACGCAAGCGGGUCGCUGGGGAUAAGAAUGUUCAGACUGAGGUGGCGGAAGCAAAAGUGAAAUGUGUUUAAGAGCAGAGCUGUGUUUUGACAAUAAAGUUGCCUUGAAACAAGUAAAGUA